AGCCAAUCACUAGCACGAGUCUGGUCAGUCUCAGGUGACCUCGGCGAGGCAGGCCGCCGGCCCGAUGUGGGCCGGAAGGACCGGGACCUUGCUCCGGCUGUCGGGGUGGUGGCCGACAGGGGUGCUCGGGAGAAGACUGCUAAACUGCAAUGCUGCGUCCCUGGCAGGAAGCAGCUCCCCACGAUGUUGGAACUGUGGCGGCGCAGGGGGCCCACCGCGGGGGGACCGGUUCUUCUGCCCUCAGUGCCGCGCGCUGCAGCCACCUGACCCGACUCGAGAUUACUUCAGCCUCAUGGACUGCAACCGCUCCUUCAGAGUUGACACUGUGAAGCUCCAGCAUAGAUACCAGCAACUACAGCGCCUUGUCCACCCAGAUUUCUUCAGCCAGAGGUCUCAGAAUGAAAAGGACUUCUCAGAGAAGCAUUCGACCCUUGUCAAUGAGGCCUAUAAGACCCUUCUGGCCCCCCUGAGCAGGGGACUAUACCUUCUAAAGCUCCGUGGAAUAGAGAUUCCUGAAGGGACAGACUAUGAGAUGGAUAGUCAAUUCCUCACAGAAAUAAUGGAAAUCAAUGAAAAACUUGCAGAAGCUCAAGAUGAAGCUGCCAUGAAAGAGAUUGAAUCUAUUGUCAGAGCUAAACAGAAAGAACUGACUGACGAUGUGAGCAGAGCUUUUGAAAGAGACAAUUUUGAAAAAGCCAAGGAACUCUUAACAAAGAUGAGAUACUUUUCAAACGUUGAAGAAAAGAUUAAGUUAAAGAAGAUUCCCCUCUAAUGGUUGCUAGUUUUAAAGUUUUAAAAAAUAAAGUUCUUACUGAUUUCUGGCCU